AUGGCAUACGAGGUUUAUCAAGCGGGUCGUGCUAUCCAGGAUAUGGGGUUCAGGAUGUUUACUCUAGCCAGAAAUGCAAUCCAUGGGCAAAGUCGCUUGCAAGUGACAAUCCCAACUCUGUCUCCCAAGGCGCCCUCAACGCGGGAUCUCCAUGUCAAUCACGCCGAUGACCUGAGAGAGCCAAACAGCUGCGAAAUAAUUCACUUCAACCACUAUUAA